CCACCAGGCCGGCCCUGCAUUGGGCCUUUUUUAAAGCCCCCCAGUGAUUCUAAUGUGCAGGCAAGUGUGAGUUGCUGUUCUGGACAGAGUUAACUGGCAGCGUCAGAAUCACCUGGAACAUAUGUUCAAAAUGAGGAUGCACAGGGCACACCCCACACCUGUGGGCUCAGACUUUCCAGGCCUGGGGCUUGGCACCUCUGUUUUUAUAAGAUCCUGAGGUACUUCUAACAGGCAGCCAGAGUGGAGAGCCGGAGUGAUGAGGGAGCAGGCAGCCAAACCCCGUUCAUCAAACCCUGCAGUGGCUCUCAGAGGGGCCCCGGCAUGUGGGCUGCUUGCGUUUGAGUUACGGCCAGAGCUCUUACAUCAGUAACACAGAAAAAUAGGAAAGCUGACAGUUGACCCUCUUAGUCACACCAUCUCCGUUUCCGAGCUCUCCCCACUGACUUGGGCUUUGGGCGGCCGCCUCCCCACUUCAGACCUGAGUCACAGGCUCAGCUGCCUGGUGCAGGGGAUGUGGGCACAGCAUGUGACUGACUCUCUGUAGGAUGGAGAAACUUGAAAGUUUCCCUCCCCCAAACCUCCCCCUCCCUGCCUCCCUGCUUUGCGGGAAGUGUGCUUCCAAAAAGUGCCUUCAGCUGUGUUGUAAUUUAGGCAUGGAAAAUGAAAGUCAUAAUUCAUGUGGUAAUUUACAUCCAUUACCGCUGCUCGUGUCUCCCUCUGUUUCUUGCUCAGUCAACAUCCACCCACCCAUCCCCCAAAGAUUUCCCUGCUUCCCCAGCCCCCAAGAAUCUCCUAGUGGUGCCACUUUGCCUCUUCACCGUGAAAUUCCCCAGGCCCUUUUAGCCUGUGUCCCUGGGACUCACAUUACUAAAGUUGGUGUGGUCUCAGCGUUUUAAGCCAAAAGAAGAAACCCUCUAGUAAUGGGAACAUGUGAAAGAGACAGUGAGUGAAGCUGUAACUUCUGCAUUUGCUGAAAAAGAUCUGGAAACAGCAUGUACACACCCAUCCCCAAGAGCGGCUGUCCAUUCCCAGCCUCAGUGCAGGAUCCCGGCCUGCACGUAUGGCGGGUGGAGAAGCUGAAGCCAGUGCCAGUAGCACGAGAGAACCAGGGCAUCUUCUUCUCUGGCGACUCCUACCUGGUGCUGCACAAUGGCCCGGAGGAGCUCUCCCACCUGCACCUGUGGAUCGGCCAGCAGUCAUCCCGGGAUGAGCAGGGGGCCUGCGCUGUGCUGGCUGUGCACCUAAACACCCUGCUUGGGGAGAGGCCUGUGCAGCACCGCGAGGUGCAGGGCAAUGAGUCCGACCUCUUCAUGAGCUACUUCCCACGUGGCCUCAAGUACCAGGAAGGUGGAGUGGAGUCAGCCUUUCAUAAGACCUCCCCAGGGGCCACCCCAGCUGCCAUCAAGAAACUCUACCAAGUGAAGGGGAAGAAGAACAUCCGUGCCACCGAGCAGGCGCUGAGCUGGGACAGCUUCAACACCGGAGACUGCUUCAUCUUGGACCUUGGCCAGAACAUCUUCGCCUGGUGUGGUGGAAAGUCCAACAUCCUGGAGCGCAACAAGGCGCGGGACCUGGCCCUGGCCAUCCGGGACAGUGAGCGGCAGGGCAAGGCCCAGGUGGAGAUCGUCACUGAUGGAGAGGAGCCUGCCGAGAUGAUCCAGGUCCUGGGCCCCAAGCCUGCUCUGAAGGAGGGCAACCCCGAGGAAGACCUCACAGCUGACAAGACAAAUGCCCAGGCCGCGGCCCUGUAUAAGGUCUCUGAUGCCACUGGACAGAUGCACCUGACCAAGGUGGCCGACUCCAGCCCCUUUGCCGUGGAGCUGCUGCUGUCUGACGACUGCUUUGUGCUGGACAACGGGCUCUGUGGCAAGAUCUACAUCUGGAAGGGGCGAAAAGCUAAUGAGAAGGAGCGGCAGGCGGCCCUCCACGUGGCUGAGGACUUCAUCUCCCGCAUGCAGUACGCCCCAAACACUCAGGUGGAGAUUCUGCCCCAGGGCCGCGAGAGUCCCAUCUUCAAGCAAUUCUUCAAGAACUGGAAAUGAGGGUGGGUGUCGUCUGCCUAACCUGCUUGCUCCUCCUCCGGCUGCCUGGUCAGUGCCAAGGAGCACCCGCGGAUGUUCAAUAAAGGAGACAAGUGCUUCCCCGC